AUGCAGAUUCCUAGCUUCCUGGCAGCCUGGUGGCUAGAGAAGGGAGAGUUCAGCAUCCUAACAGCCUGGCGGAUGAAGCUGUCAGUGAGUCUGGUGGUGCAGGAAUCGAGGCUUCUGUACCUUCACCAGGAGGGCAAGCUGAACAGACUGUGUGCAGGGUGGCUUGCAUCACUCAGUUUUGUGAUGGUUUUGUGGCGUUCCCCUGUCGUGGUCAGUGUAGCUUCCACUCCACACAGUGAUGCAGCUGGAAAGGAUGUUCUCAAUGGUUCCUCUGUAGAAAAUUUGACCUCUGCCUUUGACCCAUCCUUCAAUACUGCUGGGCCACUUCCUCAAGACAACCCAUCUUGUUGCUUGGCUUUGUCAGGACAACCUUUGCUGGAGGAUGCCUAUGACGAUGAUUUGGGUUCAACUGGAGUCCCCGGAGGAAACCCACCCAGAGGUCCAUCACUGUGGAGGCGAGUAGAUGAGGCCACCAAGCCAAUUUACAGACUCAGUCUAAACUACCAGCUUGAAAUGGACUGGACCAGAACAACCCAUCAUCAUGAGUGCUCUUCGACCCAGGACCUGCUGAACUCUGUGCGUCAGGUGCAAAAAAUGUUGGCGGUGCAGGAGACUUCGUACCAGCAGGGCUUGAGAGCCCUCAAGAAGAAGCUCAGUGUGCUCCACAACAGCACCAUGGCCUUCUUCAGAGCCGGGAAGAACUGGACGUGCCCUAAGCCCGACCCCCCCGCUCAUGGGCGCAGACUGGGCCGGGUGUUUGGGGUGGGCCAUGAGGUCCACUUCAUCUGUAAACCUGGGUAUGAGCUGAUCGGACCCCGCACCAGGGUCUGCCAGGAGAGCCUCAAGUGGAGCGGGCAGCAGCCUAUGUGCCAACGUUUUAACUCCAGCUCUCUCUCCCUCCCGUUCUUCUCGUCUGGGGCCUCCGCUUCCUCUCUGCCCAUGUCGGCUGCUCUCUCCUCAUCUUCAAAAUCCUCCCCAUCAUCAUCUUCAUCAUCUGUGGUAUCUCCCUCACCUCUCUUGUCCUCCUCCACCUCACCAGCCCCCUCCUCUGUCCGCCCAUCUCACUGCACUCACUUUUUGGGCUCCACUCGGUGCACGUGUGAUGUGGGGUUCACUAUUUCAGGCCGGGACAAUAAUAUCUGUACAGACAUAGACGAAUGCCUGUUGUUCCCACUGGGCCAGCCCGGGCGCCUCUGUAUCCAUCAGUGCGUCAACACCCCAGGGAGCUUCCAUUGCUACUGUCCCCGCGGAUAUGACCUCUCUGCAGAUGGCCGCAGCUGCUCAGACAUCGAUGAGUGUGAAACCCAGAUGCACAACUGCACCACGGAGCAGGUCUGUGUGAACACCUACGGAGGGUUCCAGUGUGUCAGGGUGGAGUGUCCUAACAUGAAGAACGCAACCUACAUCAAGACCUCGCCUAUGCGCUGUGAAAGGAACCCGUGCAUGUAUGGGGACAAAGCGUGCGCCCAGGCCCCCUCCUCCAUCUCCUUCCACUUCCUGUCUCUGGUGUCCAACCUGUCGGCCCCGCGGGUGCUGUUCCGGGUGUCUGCAGCACGGGUGCUAGGUGACACUCUGCGGUUUGGGCUGGGCGGGGGCAGGGGUCGGGGCCACUUCAGUGUACAGAGAUCAGGUAGGCAGACGGGCACACUGCUCCUGGUCCAGCCAAUCACAGGCCCAGCCACUCUGGAAGCUGAGGUGGAGAUGAGUGAGCUGGAGAGGAGCGAGCUGCUGGGACGGUACCUCACCAAAGUCACACUGUUUGUGUCGCCGUAUGAGUUCUAG